AUGCUCUCCAUCAGGCUUAGAGGGGUGUUGGAGAAGACCAUACAUGAAACUCAAUCUGCCUUUGUUGAAGGUAGACAAAUUCUUGACUCGGUUCUUAUUGCUAAUGAAACAGUGGAGGACUAUAGAUGCAAAGGCAAAAGCGGAUUGGUCCUAAAGAUCGACUUUGAAAAAGCCUAUGAUCGAGUGGAUUGGAAUUUCUUGGAUUUGGUAUUGUGCAAGAAGGGUUUUGGAGUCACUUGGAGAAAAUGGAUCAAUAAAUGCUUGUCUUCUACUUCAUUCUCAGUAUUCAUUAAUGGAAGACCGAGGGGGAAGUUCUCUUGCUCUCGGGGCCUCAGACAAGGUGACCCACUAUCACCCUUUAUGUUUACUCUGGUCGCGGACGUUCUAGGGAGGAUGGUGGUUAAGGCAGUAAGUUCAGGCAAUUUCUCCGGGUUUGAGGUUGGAAAAGAGAAGGUUCAUAUAAGCCAUCUUCAAUUUGCAGAUGAUACCUAG